AUGGAGUUCUCCCCUCGCCUCGGAGUUGUCUGAGUUGGCAGAGCCUCCCCCUGGGUUCCCUGCUCCCUGCUCCUUUCGGGCUCGCUGCUCAUCGGAUUGCUGCCCACCCACCGCUGUGCCAGGGAGCCCAGGCUCCCGAGCUCCUGUCCCGGGUCUAUCUGCGGACCGAGGAGGGCUGUCCCCAGCCGAGGAGCUCCCGUCCCGGGUCUACCUGAGGACAGAGGAAGGCUGUGCCCAGCCAAGGCGCACUGUCUUCUCUCCGCUGACCCAUCUGUUUCUCCAUGGCGUCUCGUCAACAAACCCGAAUCCAGGCUUACCUGGAGAAAAACAAGAUCGGUCCUCUGUUUGAGGAAUUAAUGACCAAGUUAAUAACCGAGACGCCAGACCAUCCGAUCCCGUUUCUCAUUGAUCAUCUUCAGUCUAAACAAGGAAAUCGAGGACAACUGCAAAGGACUUUGUCUGGGUCAGCAGCUCUCUGGGCAGAAAGCGAAACAUCAGAACCCAAAGGAACAAGAAGAGAUUUUAGAAGCUAUGAUAAACCUUGGCAGGUGAAUGCAAAGAAGCCCAAAAAAUCAAAAAGUGACCUUGCUGUGUCUAAUAUUUCUCCACCAUCACCAGACUCCAAAUCAUUGCCAAGGUCAGUAGAACACCAUAAGUGGAGCUGGAGGACUAGAGCACAAAGCCGUGAUUUUGAUGAAUUGAACCACAUCCUUCAGGAGAGCAAGAAGCUUGGGAAAGCCCUUGAGAAUCUCUCUCGAAGUAUUGCGAUUUCGGAUGAACUUGAUAAGGAAACAGUGGCUUUCAAUUCUUCCCUUCUGAGACCUCGUGUGAUUGGGGAGUGGAUUGGCAGAGCAGAAAACGAUGCUGAUCCCCUUGCGGCUGAAAUGCUGCAGCCCCCUGUUCCUCGGAGUAAGAAUGAUGCCUGGGAAAGUGAGGACAGCUGCUCUAGCCCAGCAGGAAGCUUAAAGAUGGAGCCCAAGACUAAAGGAUUAAAGCAGCAGCAGCAGCGGCACAAGAAACUCCUGGCUGCGAUGCUUUCCCAGGAUUCCUUCGAGUCCAUCCACAGCCCCACACCAUCUGUAACGGAAGAAGACAUUGAUAAUGAAGAUGAUGCAGUGGAGUUGCUGGAAGAUCUGGAUGACUUAAGGAUGGAAGGCGUAACCACCCUAGUAAUUUCCGGGAGCAAAUUUAACCAAGGUCGACCUACUCACCCUUCUGAGCCACAGGCCAAGGUCACACUGAACAUCUGUUCAAGGUGUGCCAGACUCCAAGGAGACAAUCUGAUGGAAAGGACAGAAGACACACUACAAGUAUUUCAUUCUCCAGAUGAGAUAAUCCCAGAUUCGUUGGAUUCUUUACCCGGGACUGAAGAAACUCUGAUGGAGGAAGGUGAAGAUUUUGAGAAAACAUCUAAAUUAACAGAACCUGAAGAAGCCUCCAGUACAGGACACUCUUUGAAAUCCUAUGUGGAAGAAGAUGAAUCUUUACAGCAAUUUCAGGUUGUACAUCAGCCCUGGCUCUUGCCAAGUGACACAGAAAGUGAAGGAGUUGAAGCAGAGCAAGACAAACGUUCUGCUGACCUUCUUUGUGUCCCAUGCUCUUCUUGUCCUACCCUGGUCUACUCUGGUUUGUCUGCGAAACAGGCAAAGGAAAUUGCAAGUGGUCCUUAAGGAGACUAUAGCUGGUCAAAUCCUUACAUAUAUAUAGUCCCAAUUUGAUGUACUAAACCCAAUCUCCAAAGAAACAUUAUUUUUUUAAUUUCAAUAAUAAACAAGCACCUGUGUAUAGUCUAAGAACAUGAAUUCAGGCACAGCACUCUAUUGGUCAUGUAAUCUAAUACCCUUUGAUCUCAUCAGUG